AUGGCGACAACUAAAAACCCGACACUUCAACACAUGACAGUCGAGACACGAAAACUUAUACGCUUUGGACUAAAAAGUAGAAACUACGGGCGACCUCAAAGACCAGGAGAUGGUAAAUACGAAGAAAAGUCUCUGGCGAGAGCAAAGGUAUACCUUAAAUGGUUGGAAACCGUCGAAAUGACACCCGAGAUUCGGGAUGAAAUCAAAUUCGACAAAACCUUCGACUUCAUAAUUAAAAAUAUCACUGUCUUCUACUCCGACGAGAUAAAAAAUGCUGCUCGGGCUCUAUAUGAGAAAUGGAUCUCGCAAAAUUGGGGCGCUAAAAUAGGUAGUGAAGACGAGGAUAUAUCGCCUGACCAGGAAUCCCGAAGUACAAGCCUAGACUCGGUGGCUUCAACGGAGGGCUCAAUCUACCAGGACCAACCGUCGGAUACCACACCCGAUGCGCCGACAUCUCCUGAGUGUAAUCGCCCGAGUUUACCCCCGGAGUCGGAAACCAGAGAUGAGACGCCUACAGAUGGAGUUAUCGUCCUCCAAACUGAGCUUCCGCCGAUAGAUAACCCCAUGUUUAGGGAACGGAGUAUCAUGUACGGAAUCAUGAUUCUUCGAACUGCAACAGGUCGACGAACUUACCGUUUAGACCCCACAGUACCUAAGCGGACUGCCAAAGUCUUCGGUCACAACGGCAUACCAGUAGGCGCGUGGUUCGCGAACCAACUUGUCGCGCUCCAACGCGGAGCACAUGGAUCGCGUGGUGGUGGGAUUCGGGGUACGGCGGACUCUGGCGCAUACUCCAUUGUAGUAUCUGGUAUGUACGAGGACUUGGAUAACGAUCGAGGUGAAACGCUUCACUACUCUGGUUCUGGAAGCCAUGAGAAUGGCGACCGCAUGAAACCUGCACCAUCGACUAUCGGGAUGAAGGCUCUGAAGACUUCGCUUAGAACAAGAAAACCGGUGCGUGUACUCCGCGCGGGUGGCUCGUCGAGGGCGAACCGCUGGUUGCCGAGGUGUGGGUUGAGGUAUGAUGGGUUGUACCAAGUUACUGCGUUGCGGGAAUGUAAGAAUCGAAAGGGAGGGCUUUAUGAGCAAUUCACCCUUGUUAGAGAGCCCGGUCAGGAACCACUCGAAAAAUUGGUCGACGUUUCGCCCACAAUGCAGCAAAUACAUGAACUACAACAUAUUCAGAAAGGAGAUUGA